AUGGUCGUCGAGCUGUGCGACCCUUCUACACAGUUGACCCUGCUUCGUUCAGGCUGGGUCUUCUUUGGAGCUGUCGGGAAGAGGCUGUACCACACUCUCAGGGUUAGCCACGAGUUUGGCGGCGUACUCGCAGGGGCAGACAUUGCCCUCUUCCCCAACCUCAACACCUUGCGCGUCGGCUACAAUAGCGUCAACGAGCGGACCAAGCUGCGUGACCGAUGUGAGAAGUGUCAAUUUCGCCAGCUCGAAUGUAGCAAGGUCGUCUUCCGUAACCUCGUCGACAUGGCGAUCACAAAGGACGAGUCGGGCUGGGACCACCACCGAGGAGAAGUCGUCUACCUAGUGCCAAACAGCUCGGGGACUCACUUUCCUUGGCACAUCGAUCCUGUCUACGCCGGCCAUCGCGACUUUGACAGUGCGAGCCACGUCAAGAUUGUCUUCUACCCUGACGAGUACGAAGGGCGAGCCUGUGGGUACAGCUGUCGCCAUCCGCCGGCUCAUUUCGGCAUCUGGUCAGACAACGACGAGACGGACACGGACGCGUUCCCAUACGACAACGACGAACUGAAACCACCACGAAAGAAGAAGCGGCCCACACGACAGAACGGCUUUCCCGUGUACUGGUUGAUGGAGACGGUCAAGGAGGUCAUCGGGGUCACCAGCCGCGUGACCAUCGUAGGGCUCGAGUCGAUCCGGUACAACGUCCCCUCUGACGGCUUUUACUUUUACGAACCCGGGGCGUUCGCCUCUCGCCCCGCCGGAAGACGACUGGAAGAAGAAAUGGCCCGCGAAGCCGCGCUGCUCCGACGACAAAUCCUCCACGACUUUAACGAGACCCACGGGCCAGAGGGAAGGGUAGACUUUGUGACUCUUGGCGAGUAUAUCAAAGACGAUGAGUCCAGGGCGUUCGAGGUGACAGACCUGAGGCCGAAGGCGGCGGCGGCAGCAGCAGCAGCAGCAGCGGAGUUAAAGUAA